AUGAGUCCGAUUUAUCCACUGAAAGCCGUGGGAUAUCGUCUGGAAGACCACUUCAGACGCGCUGUCAAAGUCAUGUCUUUGACCCAGCCUACAGAAGGUUGUGCCACUUCCGACCAGCGGAGGUCUCCGUUGAUGCAGAAGACAUACAUGUGUGAACAGCUCUGCAAAAGCUAG